AUGGUCGAUGGUCGGUUCGCGGUGGAUUUAUCGCUCGUUAACGUGUUGAAUAGUCAGCCAGUGAAUUCGACUGGAAAAUUUGUUUUGUACUGGGUGCAAGCCGCACCACGGGUGGCUUACAAUGCUGCGCUUGAAAUGGCCUGCAGUUUGGCCAAUGUCCACAAAGUACCGCUGUUUGCGGUCUUCGUGCUCUCCGCAGGUUAUCCGUCAGCGAACGCCAGACAUUAUACGUUUCUGCUGGAAGGUCUUCGACAGUUUCAACAGAAGCUUAAGGAAGAGAGACGAUUGCGGCUGGACGUCCUCCAAGGCGUCGCUUCAGAGGUCAUUCCAGAAUUGGCCAAGAACUGCUGCGAAAUGGUUGUGGACAUGGGCUACACAAGGAUUCAACGCGAAUGGUACACGAAAGUGGCAGCAAAGAUUUCAUGUCGCCUAACGCAAGUCGAAACCAAUGUUGUCGUCCCGGUCAAGGUGGCGUCGGACAAAGAAGAGUUCGCCGCUCGCACCAUACGACCCAAGCUUUGGAACGUCGCUAAGAAGUACUUGAUAGAAUUUCCCACGAUCAUGCCAAACAUCAUUAGCCUGGAUGAACAGAUCUGGGCGACGACCUCAAGUGUAGUUGACCUGUCGCAAGAAUUGACGAAUAUCAUAGACCACAUGAAGGUCUCUUUCGAAGUGGCGCCAGUAAUUAAUAUCCAUGGCGGUCACAUCGCAGCCGUUGAAAUGCUGGAAAAAUUCGUCGACUCACGAUUGAAAAAUUACGAAAAGGAUCGUAACAUUCCUGGAACAGCAGCUCAGAGCUUUCUGUCUCCCUACCUUCAUUUCGGCCAUCUAAGUCCCGUGGAGGCUAUUCUUCGAGUGAAAAGGAGUCAAGCGCCCGCGGCGCCAAAAAAUGCCUUCAUCGAAGAACUGUUCGUUAGGCGCGAACUAGCCGUAAACUUCGUAUAUUACAAUGAUUCAUAUGACUCUAUAAAAUGCCUGCCAGCGUGGGCUACAGAAACGUUGAAGAUUCACGAGAAAGACAAAAGGCCAUACGUCUACUCAUCAGAACAACUUGAAAAUGCGCAGACCCAUGAUAUUUACUGGAACGCCUGUCAGUUGGAGAUGGUACACACCGGAAAAAUGCACGGGUACAUGCGUAUGUACUGGGGAAAGAAGGUACUCGAAUGGUCAUCGACGGUCGAUGCCGCUUAUAACUGGAUAUUGAACAUGAACGACAAGUACGAGUUGGAUGGCAGAGACCCGAACGGUUUCGCUGGCGUUGCAUGGAUCUUUGGUAAGCACGACAGGCCACAUGGCGAGAGGGCAAUUUUUGGCAAAGUUCGGUACAUGAACGAAGAAGGUUUGCGGCGAAAGUUUAGAGGAAGCCUCGAGAAGUACGUUAGCACCUGCUACGCUCUUGCGGGAAAAGCUACUGGCAUAAAACAGUACAUGCGCUAA